AAAAGUCCAAAAACAAAUGCAAAGAUUGAUUUGACAGAGUGGAUAGAGAUAAAAAAAAAUGGAAAAGCAAACAGAUACUAAUAAAGGAUGUGUAGAUAAGAGUACGUUAGAAGGAUUGCCAGUGGAUACAAGUCCAUACACACAAUAUAAAGAUUUGGAGGAUUACAAGAAACAGGGGUAUGGAACACAAGGCCAUCAACAGCCAACUCUUGGGCGUGGUGCUGCCAGUUCUACCGAUGCCCCGACACUGGCUGGUGGUGAUGCCUCUGCUCAAUCUCAGCUUUCUGUUAUUGAUACCAUCAAUCGACAAGGUGUCCCUUAAUUUUUAGUUGCUACAGAUAUAGUUGAAUCUCGAACACUGAAUUCAUAAAAUAUAUUAUACACAAUAAUAAUAAGAUCGUUCUGAAUUGGCGAUUCUAGAUCUUAGAUUCGUCUCUAUUGGGUUUGUUUAUAUUGUUCCUUUUUAUGUUUCAUUGUCUUGUAACUUAAUAAAUCUAAUUAGAAAAAAAUAACCCGCAUUCAUAUUUUCGAACUUAAUUAUGUUUUCAUGAGAUUAUUGCAAGUCUUGGCUCUUACGUAUUGAUUAUUUGGA